ACCAACGGCAUGAACCUUUCUGUGGCAGCUUUUGCUGGGAGCCUGUUGUUUGUAUAAUGAGAAAAAUCUGACCUCUUGAAUGUGCUUCUGAAAAAUCCAUUGCCGUUUCAAACUAUAGCUCAGCGUGGUCCGUGAGCGGGAAUAACCCACCAUGAAUAAAUCAUUUCUCUCCUUGACUGGAAACUAUUCUAUUCAGAAUGUUUCAGAAGAGACUUCCAGACUCUCACACUUUGAGGAUGAAGACUGUCACGUGCCCUUGGCAAUGGUGUUCACCUUGGCCCUGGCUUACGGGGCCGUUAUCCUCCUUGGCAUUUCUGGAAACCUGGCCUUGAUCAUCAUCAUCUUGAAACAGAAGGAGAUGCGCAACGUUACCAACAUCCUCAUCGUCAACCUUUCCUUUUCAGACCUCCUCAUUACCAUUAUGUGUCUUCCCCUCACAUUUGUGUACACUUUAAUGGACCACUGGGUUUUUGGGGAGGCCAUGUGCAAGCUGAACUCUUAUGUGCAGUGCGUCUCCAUCACGGUCUCUGUUUUCUCUUUGGUCCUCAUUGCCGUCGAGCGCCAUCAACUGAUUAUCAACCCCCGUGGCUGGAGACCAAACAACAGACAUGCCUACAUAGGAAUUGCUGCCAUGUGGAUUGUUGCCCUGGCCUCCUCUUUGCCUUUCUUGGUGUAUCACGUACUCACUGAUGAACCCUUCAAAAAUCUAACUGUAGAGGGAUACAAGGGCAAAUACGUGUGCUUGGAUGCAUUUCCUUCAGACACAAUCAGGCUGUCCUAUACCACAGCUCUCUUGAUCAUACAGUACUUAGGACCACUUUGUUUUAUAUUUAUUUGCUACUUAAAGAUAUACAUACGCCUAAAAAGAAGGAGCAACAUGAUGGACAAGAUGAGAGACAAUAAAUACAGAUCCACCGAGACUAAAAGGAUCAACAUCAUGCUUAUGUCUAUUGUGGUGGCCUUUGCUGUCUGCUGGCUGCCUCUGACUAUCUUUAAUACCGUCUUUGACUGGAAUCAUGAAAUUCUACCCAACACAACUUGCAGCCAUAACUUGUUGUUUUUAAUCUGUCACCUCACAGCGAUGAUCUCGACCUGUGUGAACCCCAUUUUCUACGGGUUCCUCAACAAAAACUUCCAAAGGGACUUGCAGGUUUUAUUUCGCUUCUGCGAUUUUAAUGUAAGGGAUGACGAUUACGAGACGAUAGCGAUGUCCACAAUGCACACGGACAUUUCCAAAACCUCGUUGAAGCAAUCCAGCCCCAUCGCUUUUAAAAAAAUCAGUGACAGUGACGAUGAAAAAAUAUAAUUAAACCU